CAGAGUGAGUGUGUGGAGCAGAGGAGAGGGGAGGAGUCCGGCUAUGAGUAGCAGAAAUAACACAAGAUCUCACAGAGAAGUUUUUGUUGGCACAACCGCACAAGGAUCUACCAAAAUGGCGUUCCUGCUGAUGUCAGUCACCGUUCUGCAUUUGGUCACUCUGGCUAUGCUGUUUAUUGCCACCAUGGAGAAGUCCUGGUGGUCUUGGGGAGAUGUUGAGAAGACAGAUCUCUGGUAUAAAUGCAUGUUUGACAACAGCAGUGAGACCUGGCUGUGUGCGUCGGCCAGUGAGAGCGAAUGGCUGCAGUCAGUCCAGGCUCUCAUGAUCUUGUCUGUGGUCUUGUCCUCGAUUUCAUUCAUGGUGUUUCUCGGGCAGCUCUUCACUAUGUCUAAGGGAGGUCUUUUCUACUUCACCGGGUUAUGUCAGCUGUUUGCAGGUUUUGCAGCAUUUGCAGCUGUGCUUAUCUACACAUUUCAAAGGAAAGAGAUUCUUCAGGAUAUUCGUGAGCUUGAGAUGGGUCGAUUUGGUUUCUGUUACAUACUGGCCUGGGUCUGUGUGCCUCUCUUACUUGUUAGUGGAGCCCUUUAUGUCCACCUGCGCAAACGGGCCUGAUUUUCUCUCUAAAAUCCCUAAUGCACAUUUUAGUUUAGUCUUUGCUUUAGAAACGACAUGAAGCUGUAGCUUUAUUUUAGAAACUGUUUGUGGCUUGCUAUUUUUAUAAUUUAUUAUCCAAUUCUUAGUUUGCAGGACCAAAUUCCUGACACCUGCUUUGCUGCUUUUUGAUAAACAGACAUGCUGUAUUUUCCCAUAGUGGGAAACUUUUCCUUCUUAAAUUUAUGAUAAUCAAAUGGGAUUUAGAUACUUAACAGUAAAAAACAAUCAUCCAAACUUUUAUGAGACUGCGUAUGGAUGGUUUUAUUCAGAUCAUUCACUCAAAACUUGAAAAUUGUUAUUUUAUCUUUUGUACUGUUUUACAUUAUAAAUAUAUGCAUUCUCUAUACCUAAUAAAACAAUUUGUUUAAAGCAGAACGGUAGUUUUAUGUGCAUUUC